AUGGAAAACGUGCACCGGAACGACGAAACGGACUCGGUUGUGUUGAGACACUCCGAUACACAAGCCGAUAGUGCGCCUAUUCCACAACAUCAUAUUAAAAAUGCUAAUCCAGACGAAGAGUAUAGCAUGAAUCACGAGAAACGAGGUAUUGCCGUCGUUAUAAAUCAAGAACGUUUUAAAGACGAGAAAGAUCCUACCAGACAUGGCACUAAUAAGGAUCGAGACGAUGUCUGUGCGGUGUUAAAAAACCUGCAGUUCGAAGUAAAAGUUUUGAACGAUCGCACAAAGCUGGAGUUGUUUAAAACAUUGGAUGAAAUUUCUAAACUAGACCACACAAACCAUGAUUGCCUUGUGGUAGUAGUGAUGACACACGGUGAUCCAGAUAAACUGUACACUAAAGACGGAUCCUAUGUAAUUGAUGAACUAUGGAACAAGUUUACCGGAGAUUCCUGUACAACACUUCGUGGCAAACCGAAACUCUUUUUUAUACAAGCGUGUUCCUAUCAAAAAUUAAACACAAAAGAAUGCGACGCGGUUGAUGCUCAUGAUACAUCGAAGACAAAACGACCAACUUACACCAUUCCCACAAUGGCCAACCUGCUGGUAAUGUAUUCGACCUACGAUGGAUACAAACCAUGGCGUGAUACAAGCAAUGGUUCAUGGUUUAUACAAUCGCUUUGCGCCGUGCUUAAUUCACAUGGCCAUAACAAAGAAUUGCUACGAGUGCUGGCUAUGGUAUUACGGAAGGUCGAGGAAAAUUAUCGACAAUUUGUGCCGCACAGCGAAAAAAGAAAUGCUUUGAAAAAGUUGCCUUGUGUUGUGUCAAUGCUUACAAAGGCACUCUAUUUUCGUCCCAAACCUAUGCCGGAUUCUAAUGACUUGAACGACAAUCCGGGUUUUAGUAACGCUAUUCCAACGCCUCGUAAGCACUCCCGUAGGGAACCUCCUCCAAGUUAUACAAUGCAAAACAUGCAGCAAAAAGCGUACAUCUUCCUUAAUCAAACAUUCGAUGAAUGUUUGAAUGGUAAAUUUCUAAACAGUGGCAUCAAGGACGCAGAUGAGCUGAAAUCAGCUCUAAUCCAUCUAGGAUUCACUGUGGAUGAUUCUUCCAAAGAUCUAAAGCUGUGCGAAUGGAAAGAAAAGAUGAACAGCAUUGCCUCAGAAAAUCACGAGGACACGGGAUGCAUUUUGUUUGCGAUAAUAACGUGCGGAAAGGAUAAUUUGCUCUUCGUUCAAGACGAUACAUAUUCAGUACCAGACUUAUUGGAUCAAUUUUCGAACAGCAAAUGUCCAACAUUGUCUAGCAAACCGAAGGUGUUCCUCAUACAAGCGCGUACCGAGAGCGAGCGCGAAUGGGCUUGUAGCAAUCGUCACGAGGACGUACUGGUAAUGUACUCCUCCUAUAAUACGAUUACCGAUCGUAACGAGCAACCACAGCUCACACCAACUGAUUUCAUUCAAACGCUUUGCGAUGAAUUUUACGCCAACGGUAAAAUAUUGGAACUGAGCAGCAUGCUCGAAAGCGUUAGGCUCUACAUAGCCAACAAUAAUAAUCCGCAUAACCAACAGGAUCCAGCGGAUGGGGAUAGUCGGGAAGCAAACAAUCCAAUGCCGAUUCUUGUAUCGAUGCUUAGCAAAAAACUCUACUUUGACUAA